AUGUAAUUGGACAAUAACACAAUAUAAAAUAUUAUUGACUUUCUUAGCAAAGCAUUUGAUAACUAUGAGGGUGUUCUGAUACAUUCAUUAUACGGUAAAAACAGAUGCUGUGUGGCAGCUGUAAUAUUUUUGAUGAGCAGAUUUAAAUGGGGAUUAAUAAAAAGUCUUGAAUAUUUGAAUGCUAAAAAACCAGGACUAGAAAUGACUACAAGCUUAUUAAAACAUUUACUUGAUUUUGAGCUAAAACUAGAAAAUGGUGAAGAACAAACUGAAUAGAUCAGCAAGGACUGGGAAACAAUAAAUUAUGGAAGCCCACUAUUUGAGGAAGAAAGGACUGUUGUUAAUACCUAUUUGAAUUCCAUUAAGACUAAUGGAGAAGAAGAAAAAUUCGUACCACAGAAAAACUCAAAAAGAAAAAACCUUCCUAUUAAAUGGGCAAACAAAAGGAAGAUCUUUUUUAGACAUAAAUUUGAUGAUGAAAAUGAGCCUUAAAAAGAUUAGAGUUAGACACUAGAUUAACAAGACUAUGAUAUUCCAUCAAAGCAAAAAAUGGACUUUCCUUUCAUAGAGUAAAAUAAUAAGUAUGAAACCAUAACAAUGAUUGAUAUAAAUGACAUCAACGAUAGAUAAUUCGAAGAUGAAGAUGAGUUAGAUGAUUUAUAUCCUCUUAUAUUGGAUGAAACACAUAAGUAACUUAAUUUUGAGUUGAAAAAGAGUUUAUAAGGGAACAAUCCUUCUACAAAUGAUAAAGAAAACCCAAAAAUUUAACAAUAAUCAAUGUAAGUUGAAAGCGAAAAAUAAAAAGAAGAAUUCAUCAAAGCCUAGAUUGAUGACAAUUAAAACAUUCAUAGUAGAAAUUUACAAAAAACUAACUACCAAGACCUUAUUGAUGUUAUCAACAAAAAAGAUAAAGAAAAAAGUCAUUUUGAAAUGACUUUUAAUUAGACUAACACGUAAGAUCAGUAAAAGUAUUAAAGUAUCUAGCAGCAUGAUGAAUUAAGGGAUAAUUAAGAGCAAAUUUAGCCUGAAUCUCCAACUAUAAAAGGAAAAAAAUCGCUAAAUAACCAUAAAGGACCUUACCAUAAUCCUACUAGAGCUUCUCAAGAGCAGAUCAUGAGAUUAUCAUCAAUAAAAAAAGAAUAAUCAAUGUUGCUAAAUGAUGAUAAUUAAAAAAUAGAAGAAGAAAAAAUUAAUAUUGCUGAUUUAACAAGUAAUCAUUAAUACUUUAAAAAGAAAAAAAACCUAAUUCUAAAUGACUUAUUAGAAACUGAUAAUUUUGAAACGAAUUUAAUGAAUGAAACAGGAGGUGUUGAAAGAUAUAAUCCAUUGAAAAUAAUCGGGAAAGAUAUGAUUAAGCAAAAUGAAAAUAAAAUAGAUGAAGCAGAAAUUGAUUUUCAAGGGAUUGAUAAUGAUUUAGGAUAAAAUCAUUCUAUGAAUAAAGUUUUUGAACAAAAGGAUAGCAACUAAGUUAAAAAGUAAAAAGUUUAGUUUGAUAUUAUCCCUACAUCCUUUUAUCGAUUAGAGGAUAGUAAGAUUCAAGAAUUAUCUUAAUAGAAUCACUUAGAUUAAAUGCUUUCUUCAAUAAGAAAAGAACCUCUUCUCAGGCCUGAUGAAUUCUUGUCAAGAGAUAGAGCUUUUAGUUAGAUUUCUUAUAAAGUAGAUAGUAUGAAAAUGUAAGUUAGUUAAAGUAAGCACUCUUAUAUAGAGCAAUUGAAAGAACAAGCUGAUUUAAGAAGGAAUAAUUUUUAUGUAACUAGUAUGAAAGAUUAACCCUUCAUGCCUUCUCUUAAUAAAACUAAUCUAGAAAAGAUUUAAUCAAAUUAUAAACAAAGUAGCCUAAUGGAUCAAUAAAGUCCUAAAGAUUCAGACUUCAAUUCGGUUAAAGGCGAUAACCUCUAUCAAUAAUCCAGAUUAAGCGUUAACAACCAGUAGCAAAAAAUAAUUUUACCUCUCAUUCCAAAGGCAAAAGAUUUUUUAUCUGACAAUAACCUUAAAAUUUAGCAACCAGUAAUUAAAUAGAAUUCUUUCUAGGUACAGCAUAAUAAAUAAUCUUCUGAAACAUCAAUAUAAAAUCUGCUUAACUCAACGACAAGCACUAUUAUUCCAGAAAGCAUAUUGUAAGGUGAAGAAAAAAUAAGGUAAUAGUAGAACUUAAGGAUGCAAACUAGACUUCACUUUUUAGAGCAUAUAGAAAACUAGAAAUAGCUGUAUUUUAUGAAUAAAGGAGCUUCAAUUAGUAGUAAUUAGAAUCAAAAUCAAGCUCUUAUUAAAACCUAAAAUUCUCAGCAAUAAAAAGGAGUUUAUUUUUAACAUACUCCACUUUACAAUCUCAAAGUGAAUGAAUAUGGUAACUAAUUACUGCCAAGAAGUUUAGACAGUACUUUAGUCGUCUAGUAGGAAAUAAUAGAUAAAUACAUUAGUAGUGGAAGAAAUAAAGGAAAUCACUUUAAUACAUUUAAUCCCUCUUCUCCUUCCCAGGCAUCUGACAAGUUAAAUCAUAUUAACUUGCCUAAUUAUGGAUUGGAUGGAAUUAACUCAUUAAGUUAGCAUCUUGAUAAAAAUAGUACAAUCAUUACCAAAGAAGAUCUCAUCAAUAAGUAUAAGUAUAAAGGGGCAAAUAAGCUAUAAGAGACAACUAGAGCAGUAAUUGCAGGAACCUCGGAAAAAAGAAGAAUAUUAUGA